AUGGCCACCAAGAUUGACUCUGCUCCCACUCAGCACAUGACCCGCGGCUGUGUGCGUUUUACACCCGGCCCUUCAUAUGGGGAUGCUACUUCAGCUCUGAAGAAGAUCCCGCGAUACCUUUUCAGAGUCCAUGCACCAAGCACCUCAGGUGAAACAUCACUAAAAUCUGUCGUGUCAAGAGCUGCUCUCUGUGGUCACGCUGGAUCCGACUGCGACAUAUUCUCGAUGCCUCCGGACGAAGCAGCCGAGAUGCUCAACUGUCACCUUCGCGGUUGGGCUCGGGAUGGUGACAACCUCAUGUCUUGGACGAGCUCAUUACUUUUCGCCCUUCAAUACGCACUGUAUCGCAGCAUCAUGCCCAAAAACGGGCGUCCCGACGACCCGUCCGAUAUCUGGAUCUAUAUCUUGGACACAAGACUUUUGCCUGGAGGUUCCUUUAUUCCCGACGUUGCACUCCUUGACGAAUUCACUGGGAAAGACGCAGCACGCACGUAUAAUCUAUCUAAGCUGCGAUUUUUGCGCCAAGAAACUCAGUACAACUUUGGGGAAUACUUGUGUCAAGGGAAGCUAUCGAUUGAAGGCGUAUGCUCUUCAGCCUCUCUCCAAAGUACCAUCGAUCAUGGCCUUUUCAGGCUCUUUCCCGAGCUCGGGCUGCCGAGCAAGAAUCUCGAACUGGCAAAAAAGGUCUGCAGGCUUCGCUUCCAAUGCUUCGCUUCACCCACGCCGGCGACGAAGGCCGACUUCCGCUUUGCCAGCUCCAUUGCGCAGGGAUGUUUCGGAGCGGAAGACGAAUGGGCACUUCCAAUGACAGCCGCAUUACUCUCUCUGCGGAAGCGACCGAUAAAUGAUGUUGUAAUCAUUGGCGGGUUCAAGGCCCUAUUCUCGGAUCAAGAGAUUUGCGAACAUAACCUCGAUACCUUCAAGACCUUCCCCCUUGAUACACACCCGGAAAUCCACCAAUUCUCCAACAUUAUCCAAGAUCUUCACAGCGACUACUGCACCAGAGGUCUUGAUUCUAUUAUCGCUACUGCCGCCAAGCUGUCGCUGAUUUCCUUCUGA